ACGUUGCAACGUCAAGACGUCAAGGGUGUUGGUGUGUUCACUAAGAGCACUUCUGAAUCCCAAAAGCCCAACAAAGAUUAAAAUAGCUUUCUUUGACUGACAUUGAUUUGUGUAUUAGUAAUUUUACUAAAAAGUGACAAAAUGUUUGUGAAAAAAGCUAAACCCAUUUUGCUGAAAAAGUUGUGUUUGAAUACGAUUUUCAGAGUAAACUCUUCAAAAGAAUAUAGCAACAUUUUAGCCACAGAUGUUUAUCAGUCUGCGAUAGAAAUAUUUCCGAAAGGUAUCCAAAUGGCCUUUGCAUAUGGCUCAGGCGUUUUUCAACAAGCCGGUGGGGAUAUGUCUAAAAACAUGCUAGAUUUUAUUCUGGUUGUUGAUAAUGCAUUACAGUGGCAUUCUGAAAAUUUAGCCAUGAAUAACCACCACUAUUCAUUUUUGAGAAGGUUUGGUCCACAGGCAAUAAGCAAUAUCCAGUCUAAAUAUGGUGCUGGGGUUUAUUUCAACACUCUUGUACCAUUUGAGAAUCGAUUAAUUAAAUAUGGGGUUAUUGAAACUCGAACACUUAUUGAGGACUUAGUAAACUGGAAUACACUGUAUGUAAGUGGGCGAUUACAUAAGCCUGUUAAAGUAGUUAAAAAACCAAACUUAGCUGAAUUAAUAUCUGCACUGAAUACAAAUUUAUGUAGUGCCUUGCAUGUAGCAGCAUUACUUCUACCAGAAAAAUUCUCAGAAGAAGACCUGUACACUAUGAUAACAGGACUGUCAUACAGUGGUGAUUUUCGUAUGACAUUCGGGGAAGAUAAAGGAAAAGUGGGAAAAAUUGUUAAACCGAAUCUGCAGCAUUUUAAAGAACUUUAUCAUCCAGUUAUAGAAAAUCAUAAAUACAUAAACCUAGAUGACAGGACAGGCAAGUAUGUGCAUCUUCACAAUGAAAUAACAAGAUUUUACAAUUUGAAUCUUUCUCCUAGAUGCGUCAAAGAAGGGCUAAGGCAUCACCAGAAUAAUCCAAACAUGUAUCCAGACACUGAAGAAGUCAUCCGAAAACUUGCCAAAGAUCUCAAUAUUGAUGAGUAUGUUGCUAAAAGUGUCGCUGCAAUAGUGAACAGCUCUAGUUGGAGUCAAAGUGUCAAAAAUAUUCCCACUGCUGGUUUCAUUAAAAGUGUUAGAUACAGUUUCAGCAAGGUGAAGAAAAUGAUUAAAGGAAAGAAAGUGUUUGGAUAACACUUGAUUUAUUGAUGAAAGUUUGUUGGAUUCAUUAUGGAUUAAUGAAACACUAACAGUUGUAAAUGUAUAUUUUUUGGCAUGGAUUGUUCUUGGGUUUUUAGCUUGACUAUUCACCGAGUAGUCCGAGCUACAUUACUCACCCAAAUGUUGGCAUGUGCAUCAUGGUCUUGUUAGGUCUUAAGGUUAACAUGCAACAUCUCCAUAUCACUGUCUCUACUACCAGGCCUUUCCUAGAGAGUCUAGUGUCCGUUAAACUGACCCAUUCCCAAACAAAAUUGUAAUUAAAAAUCCCAAUUUUAAAAAAUAAAAUAAAAAUAAUAUAAUUUUCUUUUUUAAAAAUAAGUGUCAUAACUAUUAUAUCUCCAUUUUAUUUUAAUAUUUCAAUAACAUCUAAAAAAGAAUAUAACUAUUGUUAAUGAUUUUGUGCUAAUUUAAAUUAUUAUAAAGAGUUAUAUGAAAUAAGUUUUUCCCUAAUUAGUGUAUUUUUUUGCAGGAAAGGUCCAGAAUUAUGCCCCUUUUUGUACUUUUUGAACUUUAGGUAAAUGUUUGCAUGCAACAAACUCCUAACUAUAGUUGACAUGCUGAUCAUUAGUUUAGAAGCAGGUAUUGUGCGGUCAAUUCAACUAAAUAACUUGGCAAAAUAUAUACGGUAGUCUCUUGUCAUGGUCACAUGUCUUGUUUUAAUUUAUAUUAUUAUUAUAAUUAUUUUCAAAACUAUGUUGAGAUGUUGUAAACAACUACUACAGAUAUUAAACUUAAAAAAUGU